GCUUAUUUUGCUCAGCCACCCAAUACACGUUCAGAGAUGCGCACCGCGGUAAAAUACAACUUUAACAGCAAGCUUAAUGGUCCUCUAUGAAUCCGGGCGCGAGAUGGCAGGUGAAUUUUCGCCCCUGUUGGGCAAAAUAAUGAUGCUGUUGAGCAUGUGAGGAGAUAAUUCUCUCUCUUUGAGAGCUGCGUUUCUACAGCUGCGGACUAGCAGGAGGAGGAGGGGGCUGCCGCGAGAGCCUCCGAUCUGUUCGCACCGAUCCCUCUCCAGCCAACAGAUUCCAUCCGAGAGGCGAUACGAUGCACACAGGUGGAUGUUAUGAAGGUAUGUCUGCGUACGCACACGUGCAUUCACAGAUGUAUAAAUGCCCACCUACUGCGUGUGAUUAAAGAUGCUCAUGAGGAGACAGCACUGCCUACAUCUUAGAUUGAUUGGCUGAGAGGAAAAACAAGAAGAGAGAGAACACGCAAACAAUCCAAUGAGGUUGAGGGAACUGGCAAAUGUUCAGAUUCACAGAGGGUGAUUGAUAGAUAGAUACUCAUCAGGCGCAGCGCUGCUUUUCCGCUUGGAGAGAAAAAGAGAGGAAGAAACAUUUGUGUGACGUGAGCGUGUGUGACAGCGUUUUCUCGCUGCGCGCUGACACUCACUUCAACGGACUCAUGCGCUCUGGAGGCACAAGCAGGACCCUUUGGGAGACGGCUCAACCUGCAAGAGAUGCUUUGAAGACUCGAGCCCCUUGCUGCACGUGUUGAUCGGCAUACCUGCGUAUUCCUCUGCAUCUUAGAACCACAAACACGAGCGUAAACACAAACCAUGGAUUCCCUGCCCAUCGAUACAGAUGGAUUGGAGAACUCCUUGAAGUACUCCAAGUGCGAUCAGACGGGGAAGAUGUGGAUGAGGCUUAAAGGAAUGCAGAAGUACAAAAGCACGUCUCAGAGAUUGAGAUGUCUGGUGAAGCAACUGGAUAAAGGUGAAGUGAAUGUUGUAGAUCUGAGGAAGAACAUUGAAUAUGCAGCUUCAGUUCUCGAGGCCGUGUACAUCGAUGAAACCCGACGCCUGCUGGACACUGAAGAUGAGCUCAGCGAUAUCCAGGCAGACUCCGUGCCCACGGAGGUGCGUGAUUGGCUGGCAUCCACCUUCACCAGGAAGAUGGGUGUGGUGCGCAGACGUCCCGAAGAGAAGCCCCGGUUCCGCAGUAUCGUUCACGCCGUUCAAGCCGGUAUCUUCGUUGAACGGAUGUACAGAAGAACCUCCAACAUGGCAGGAUUGACUUACCCUCCAUCUGUGAUUACGGCUUUAAAGGAUGUCGAUAAAUGGUCAUUUGACGUCUUCACGCUCCAAGAGGCCAGCAGCGAACACGCUCUGAAGUUCCUGGUGUACGAGCUGCUCACCAGAUACGACUUGAUCACCCGCUUCAGGAUACCGGUUUCCUCUUUAGUGUCCUUUGUGGAAGCUCUGGAGGUGGGUUACAGCAAGCACGGAAACCCGUACCACAAUCUGAUCCACGCUGCUGAUGUCACACAAACAGCUCACUAUCUGAUGCUACACACCGGGGUUAUGCACUGGCUUACUGAACUGGAAAUAUUGGCUAUGGUGUUUGCGGCUGCUAUCCACGACUUCGAACACACCGGAACGACCAAUAACUUCCACAUCCAGACCAGAUCAGAAGUGGCCGUCCUCUACAACGAUCGCUCGGUCCUGGAAAACCACCAUGUGAGCGCAGCCUACAGGCUGAUGCAGGAGGACGAGAUGAACAUCCUUGUCAAUCUCUCAAAGGACGACUGGAGAGAGCUGCGUACGCUGGUGAUCGAGAUGGUUAUGAGCACAGAUAUGUCAUGCCAUUUCCAGCAGAUCAAGACUAUGAGGAACUCACUGCAGCAGCCUGAAGGCAUAGACAAGGCUAAAGCCAUGUCUCUGAUGCUGCACGCGGCAGAUAUCAGUCACCCCGCUAAAGGCUGGAAACUGCACUACCGUUGGACGCAAGCCCUGAUGGAGGAGUUCUUCAGACAGGGUGACAAGGAAGCAGAAUUAGGACUGCCAUUUUCUCCUCUGUGUGAUCGGAAAGCAACUAUGAUUGCCCAGUCUCAGAUAGGUUUCAUCGAUUUUAUCGUGGAGCCCACCAUCUCUGUUCUGGUCGACACCACGGAGAAGAUCAUUAGUCCUCUCAUAGAGGAAGCUAUUAAAUCUGGUGGUGUCCGUAGAUCGAGCUCGACGGGUCGGGGCUCGGCCGCAGUGGUGGAGUCGGUACAGAGACACCGCGGUCUGGGUUCAAAUGAUGAGCAGGGUGGCAGUACAGACUACUCGCUGAGGAGCAUCGACCAAAAACGAAUCCGACAUCUGCUCUCUGAGAUCAUUCAGAACAACAAGGAGCGCUGGAAGGAGCUGUCAGUUCAAGAGUUGGCCAAUAAGGAACACGAGAGGAUCUCGGAACAGGAAGAGACGCCCAUGAGGAACGCACAGCUCACGCUGUCCCACAGCAGUCCGGCCAGAGGGAGUCACGAUUCUGAGUCGAAGUCCCUGAACGAACUCAACAAUACAGACUCGACUCACUCUUCACAAGACUCUUUGGAUCUUCAGAGUUCCCAUUCCCCUACGGAGGGACAGGGCGAAGGUUCCCCCGAGGACCACAGCUCAGAAACUCUGCCUUGGAACGGUAAAACCGCCUGACGCCACAACGUCAGCGUCAAGUUGAAUGUUUAUAACGCGGCCUCCGCUGUGUUUUAAUUCACAAGGACGAUGUACAUAGCAUUGUCCUCAUUGUAUUGUAAUGCUGUCAUGAUCUUGGACGAAUGGAACGUCCACGGUGCAACGCCGUGCAUCAGUAUGGAGAUGGUAGUGUGCAGUGUUGUCAUGGCGACUGUGUUUUCGCAGGAGACGGCCCUCUACCAGCCCCUGGGGAGGAUUUAGCGAGUCCCAGAAUCGCAACGCUAUAUAUCUGUUUCCCGGGCUUUUUUCCGUUUGUUCGAUUAGUUUAAUUUUUUGUAAAUUGUUUUUCGUAGACUGUGUCGUUAUUUAUUAAAGAUUACGCAGCUACACUUUGCAUCACAAUUAGUUUUGUAUUAUCUCGAUACGGUCAUGCUUUUUACGACCAUUAGGCCAGAGAACUGGCAGGAGAUCAGGAAUAUUUGACUGCGUUUUCUGGCACCCGUGUCUAUGUAGACGUAUGAAUGUUAUUAACUACGGUUUCCAGAACAAUCUGUAAAGAGAGGUUUUUAUUGUAAGACACGUGUUGUAUGUGCAGAAGUAAAAUUUGAGAAUAACAUGCUACCAGUUGAAUAAUGAGCCAUCAGUCCCAUCAGUCAUAUUCUCCAAAUGAACAGAAUGUCCCUUUAAAUAUAUAUAACAUAUUACUGUAUAGCACAGGACAGUGUCUAAAAUGUUGUAUUCAAUAUCGGCCAAAAGUUUAGGGUGACUUACUCUUUUUAAUUUACUUCUUUUUUCACUUUUCAAUAACAAUUUAACUUACUAAAAAAUUCAACAAAUCCCAACGAUUAAAAUCUUUAGCCAAGAAUUUACAUUUACAUUUACAUUUAGGCAUUUGGCAGACGCUUUUAUCCAAAGCGACUUACAUUGCUUUAUCCUAUACAUUUUACAUAGGUAUUUGCAAUCCCCUGUGAUCGAACCCACAACCUUGCGUUGUUAAAGCAACGCUCUUACCACUUAGCUACAGGAAAGUUAAACAUUUUAAAAUAAAAGAUUUUAAGAUCCUGAAACAUUUGAGUGAAAUGAUCCAAAACUUUUGAUCUGUAGGAUAUAUACAGCGGUGGCUGUGUUCAGAAGGAAAACUAGCUUGCUUACUUAAUACUGUGUUUUUAUUCUGUUUAAUAUCUACUAUUUUUAAUAGUAAGUGAACAGGAAGCAUUAUGCAACAAUAACGUUUCAAACAGUAGUAGUCAUGACCUCAUGCUGUCAACACGUGGGUGCAUCAUGUUAUUAUCACCUUGGAAACCAAAACGGUUCGGACUUUGUAAUCCAUUGUGUGUAAAAAUGUCUUAGCCAUCAAGAACAAGAUGUUACAGUAAAAAUCACAGCGUCCGGUUGAUUUGUCUUGCUAAAAAUAGAAAGUGAAGUUGAGCGCAUUGCAUUGUGGGAUACAGUGUGCUCUGUACUGCACGUUUAACAAAUGUAGAAUGUUUUCCAUUCAUAUUUUGUGUAGUAUACCUAGUAAGAGUGCUUUUUCUGAACGUAGCUCUUUUCACACUGUUCGUUCUCAGAACACCUUCAUGAGGUAAUAUGCUACCACUGUAUCAUGUUUUAUAAAGUUUAUGUGAAAUACUGAUCGAUUUUUGCAUUAUAUAUGACAUAAACUGCAAAAAUAAGCAUUA